AUGGCUGACGCUGCACCGGAGCCCCUUUACCCGCUGCUAAGAGGAAGCGAUGUAGCGGCUCAGGCCGCGCUGAGCUCUGACCUUUCGGUGGAUCAUCUAGUCAUCGGAGCUGGAGCCGUUGGGCUCGCUAUCGCGAGAGAAUUGACAAGAAGGUGGCCCGAGAGAACGACUUAUCUAGUGGAGAGGCAUCAGCAACCUGGUCAGGAAACGAGCAGCAGAAACUCGGAAGUCAUUCACGCUGGCUUGUAUUAUCCGAAGGACUCCUUGAAGACCCGGAUGUGCAUACGAGGAAGGGAUCUGAUGUACGAGUACUGCUCGUCUUACAACGUGCCACACAAGCAGAUCGGCAAGCUCGUGGUGGGCCCAUCUAAUGCCAGAUCCUAUUUCGAGUCGAUGUUACGUCACGUAUCGAGUCUAGAGCCUAGCAAGCAUCGACCGGAGCUUACGCUGAUAAGCGGAGAUGAGGCACGAGAACUGGAGCCUGAGCUUAGCAAGGGCAUCGGUGCGGCAGUCUUCAGCCCUCGGACUGGCAUCGUAUCCUCGCACGAGUAUAUGGAAAGUCUAGAGAAGGAGGUCAUGGACUCGGAAAUUGCAGAGAUCGUGUACGAUACGAGCGUGCUGAAGGUGGAGCCUAUCCUGGUUGCUUCUGCCUCAUCCAAUUCGUCUUCGAAGCGAGGCGCCUCCUCGGAGGAUCAAGGCUGGAUCGUGCAUAUGCGCACGGGAGAGUCAAACGAUGUGGACACGUUGCGGAGCAAAGUCGUCAUCAACUCGGCCGGUCUCACAGCUCCCGCUAUACUGAAUGGGCUACUCAGAGACGGACACUUUGGCUCUGCGCCCAAAGAUUGGGCCAGAGAGGGCAGUGGAGAGUCAGUGGAUGACUCUUCGAGGAAAAUUGCGCCAUUGGCGGCUUAUUACUCCAAGGGCAACUAUGCAAGCUACAAAGGUCAAGGCGCCAGACAUGUCAAGCAUCUCAUUUACCCUACGCCUUUCGGAAUGGACCAAGGGGGAGACCCACACAAACAUCAAGGGCUUGGAACGCACUUGACCAUCGAUCUGAACGGCGGUAUCAAGUUUGGGCCGGAUACUGAGUGGCUACAUCCCCCACGCGACGCCUCGCCCGACUUUUGGAGCUCCUCUCUCGCUCCUCUUACACGCGUUCCUCACUCGCAUCAAGACGCAGAUCAAGAGUCGCGCCUUGAUCUCAUCCAUCAAGCCGUGCAGCAGUACCUGCCGGACGUUCUCAGAGAAGGCCUUUCGCCUGAUUAUGCAGGUAUAAGACCCAAGCUCGUACCUCCAGGUGCCGCUUUCAGAGACUUUGGUGUGUUGUUGCACCACAGCAACAAUCUGGAACGUCAGCGCAUAUGGCAAGAGGCUUUGACACUGGGAGCAGCGCAAGAUGGUGCGGAGCAUGGGUCAGUCAAUGCUGGUGGAACCAUGAUCACGCUUGCAGGCAUAGAGUCUCCUGGCUUGACUAGCAGCCUAGCCAUCGCCGAGCUGGUCGGGGACCUCGUUGGUAGAAGAGCUUGGGCUCACGACGAUCAUCAUAGCAAAGCUGCUGCCAAAGCUCGUGCUAGAACAGGUAAAGGUAGCGCUGAUGACGCUACUAGCUCUGCCAAUGUGGAUGCUUGGGCUUGA